CUGUCCUCGCCGUGUUGCCGAUGUCCCCGUCGUGUUCACGCUGUCCUCGCCGUGUUCACGCUGUCCUCGCCGUGUUGGCGAUGUCCCCGUCGUGUUGACUAACUCAGAGUCCGUCUCGUGUCUUUGCUCUCAGAUGGAGGACUGUCCGUCUCUCUGGAUCCAGGACACAGCAGCUUCUGAUUGGACGUCAACAUGGACAACAUGGACGAGUACAUCUGGCAGCGCCGCGUCCACCACGGCGUCCGGUACCAGAAGAGCGCCGUCCCGUUCCCGGAGUCGGUGGGACUGGGUCUGGAGUUCAACGCGGCGCUGGACAGGAAGGACAAGUUGGACUUGUGCCUGCUGACCAACGGCGUGAUGCUGGAGCUCUGCGACUUCGCCAAAACCGUGACCAAGUCCGAGAAGUACUUCCUGUUCGAGAUGAUGGAGUUCAACUUUGACCUCGGCGUGGACGGCGACAGCGAGCAGCAGCGCUACGACUACGCUACGCGCGCUCACGGUAAGAUCCGGCUGCUGAAGGACCAGAUCAAGAUGAAACCUCAGAGACUGAAAGAGACAUUUCCUCUCCCGGAUAUCAACGUUCAAACGGCGCCCGGCGGGGCGGAGCAGCCGGGACGCUACUGCCCUCAAAGGAACAAGAUGGCGGAUAGUUCGGUCCUCACCGGCGGUGGCCAGAGCAGCCAAUCGGAGCGGAGCGGAGUGGAGUUGAAGCUGACGCCCGGCGCCUACCCAUUCUGUAAAGACCUCGGCGUGACUCUGGUGGUCGGACCGGGCGCCGCCCCCCCACAGAAACUAGACCGGGACCUGAUGACCAGCGGCGUGAUGCUGGAGCUGCUCCACUUCUCCAGAGAGCUCUGUGGGACGCACACGGGCCUCGUGCACGCCCUGCUGAAGAUCAACUUCGGUUACGAGGUGGACAGAGCGCUGCUCCGCUCGCAGGUCACCAAGCUGAUGGACAGGAAGUACGCCUGCGACUGCCUGACCGCCGAGGACCGGGACGCCUUCAGGAAGGAGGCGUUCAAAGGCCCGGCACAGAAUCGGGAACCCAAGCCCAGGAAGAGGAAAGAGCCCGACGCAGACUACCAGGAAGUGGAGAUGGCGAGUAAGAGAAGGGAGACGGCGAGGCUCCGGGACGCCGAGGACAGAGACGUAAGUCAGGACGGCGAGCUGUCCUACAUGUGUCCACUUGACUGUGAGACAGAAAUGCUGUCGGACUCAGAGGACGGACCGGAACCGACCGCGUUAGAAAUGCAGGAUGUGAAGGAGGAAGAGGAGGAGGAGCUCGUCUCGGCGGUUCAGCCUCAGAUCAUCGACCGCGGCAGAGUCCGUCCAAAGUCUCUGAAAGAAGUCUCCGACCUGUUCUCAGAGGACGGAACCGAGGACGGACCCGAGGACGCGAGUGUAAAAACCCAGAAGCAGAAGCUGUGGAGGAGACGAGCUCCUCGCUCUAAACAGAUCCUGACGUCCCGCCGGGUCAACGACCUGUUCGCCCGCUGCAGAGAGCGAGGGCUGGACUUCAACGUGGCGUCCGCCAGCAGACAGAGUCUGGACCUGCAGCUGCUCACCAACUGCGUCAUGUGGGAGGUUUAUAAGUUUGCGUCUGCGAUGACGAAGAGUUUACGCAGCUUCCUGUUUGAGAUCCUGAACAACAACUUUAACCUCGUCCUCCACGGCGAGCAGCACGAACGCAACUUCAUCUUCUACAUGAUCACCAAAGAGAGGAGCCUCCAGACGCACCCCGAGAGACACGGAGACGACUUCCUCAGCCGGCCCUUCCAGUUCCCCGAGGUCUACAACAUGGUGGACGUGACCGGCGACUUCCAGACGGGACAGGAAGUGGAGGCGGAGCGGCAGACCGCCGUGGAUCCGCCGGCCGACCUGGAUCCACAUCCCUUCUGUAGGAAGUUGGAUCUGAACCUCUGGGCGUUAGAAGAGCGUCCGGCGAGCCAGAAGCUCGAUGUGACGGCCCUGACCAUCGGCGCCGGGCUCGAAGUGUUCGCCUUCGUCAGGCAGCUGUGCGGAUCGGUCCGCGCGACGGUUAACGACAUCCUGGAGCACAACUUCGACGUGGAUCUGCAGAGCGGAGAGACGGAGGCCUCGCAGGUGAUCCAGAGGUGGUACGCCACCCAGAAGAGCCUGAUGAAGCGGCUGACGGCGGCCCCUAAGGUCCGCCGCUGGUUAAACAUGGUGGUCCCGCUGAACGCUCACGCACAGCUACACCCACCGCCGCCAGACGCCAACGGGCCCGAGGACGCUCUGCUACCGGAGGACGGAGAGACAGAGAUGGACGCUUUCAACGGAGACCUUGAGACGGAGGAGACGGAGGAGACGGAGGAGACGGAGGAGACGAAGGAGACGGAGGAGACGGCGGUCAACAGCUAUCAGAUCUGUGAAGGAAUCGGACUGGAGCUGGACGUCAUCUCUAAACGAGGAGCCAGAACCAAACUGGCCCCGGGGGUUCUGACCCGGGGAGUCCUGUUGGAGAUGCACCGCUACGUGGAGCAGAACUGUAACCGCUACGUCCCGGCUCUCUACGAGAUCCUGGACUACAACUUCGACCUGAGCUCUCAGAGCCACCGCAAGGUGGAGUUCGCCUGGGCCGUGGCGGCGCAGGUCAUCGCCAUCGCAGGGAAGACGAGCAGGAAGGGACGCUACAUGGACAGAGCGGUGGAGCUGCCCGUCCAGGUCCAGGUCCAGGUCUCCCAGUCCUCGCGGGUCAAAGAGGAGCCGGAGGACGGCUUCACGGAGCCGGACCUCGACGACAUCGACGACCUCAACGACAACAACGACGUGGUGUUCGUCCGAGAACUGAAACCCGUCGACAUCGAGGUGGAGAUCGACUAGACGCUGCGACUCAUUAUUACUGUUAUUACUAGUAUCAGUAGUAGCAGUAGUAGUAGUAGUAGCAGUAGUAGCAGUAGUAGCAGUAGUAGUAGUAGUAGUAGUAGUAGCAGUAGUAGCAGUAGUAGUAGUAGCA